AUUACUUGUCCAAAUUGAAGCUUCCUAACCCUUUCAAUUUAGUGAAUGAAAAGAGCUGGUGAGGGAGGUUACUGGUAUUAAAUUGUGAGAAAGAGAGCUUUAAAGUUUGGGGCUAUUCAAGCAUGCGGAGCAAGCAAACCACAGGGAAAUCAAUAGAAGGGUGAAUCAAAAGGCCAUAGCAACCACUAUGAAGAGAUUUUCAGAUUAGGCUGAGAUUUGGCCUGAUGGUCAAACAUAGUCUGUUCAUUAUGUUUCUGAGGUUUCAAUGUGUGGACUUAAGUCUUUCAAAAGUUAUUAGGUUGUAAAUGUAUAGAGUUGUAAUUGGACAGAUUAAGUGAACUGCAACAUAGUGCCGAGCCACCUGCACUAGACAAUGCCUAUUCAUGGUGGACCCGGAUUCUUUUUGUUCCCCCUUACAUAACACUGCUUGUCACCUAUCUUGUUUUGUAUACAUCUGGGCAAUUAUUUGUAACCACAUUAUCAGGAAUUCUCUCGUCGCUGUCUUGCCCGAAGUGUUCAGUAAGCAAAGCUGUAAGGUUGGCCUGAUCCCCCGCAGCUAGCCCCCGCAUCAUCGCUUCGUUGACCGCCCGAGCUACCCGGGCAUCUGCGUUGGUGCACCCCGGUACCAUCCCACGGCUCUGCUCACGUACAAAACCUGGCAUUGUAACGACGUUGUAGACUUUUUCGCAACUUGUCACUCUCAAAUAAUUUGAAUUGAGAUGUUCUGCUUAGAGGUGUACUUCAUGAAUCAAGAUGCGUUGCACACUGCUGCAGUACUCAAUCUGUGCCCUUGUGGUGGUACUGACACUAUUACAACUCAUACAACUUACUAUGGUCUCAUGGCUGGAUAACAGAAACCCCAACAGCAUCCUAACAGGGGCAAGAGAAGCGUUGCCAAUGUCAGACAAGCAGAACCAGAACCAGAACCAGACACAUCAACAAAGGGACAAACUCAUCCAUAUUACUUUGCCGCCAGCAAAGCUCAACACGUAUGGCUCAUACCAGAUAUUUUAUGAUUUUGCAAAGGCUCGAAGCAGACUCAAAUCAGUCAAGAGAAGAGACAUCACUCUCAUCACGCACUGCUCCAUGAAUAACUUACAUCACGUACCAGACUUAGUAGACAGAUGGAAAGGACCAAUUUCUCUAGCUGUGUUUGGGAGUUUAUCCGAUGUAAAAACUAUUGUCAGUUAUAUCAUGUCACUCAAAGAGUGCAUCUUAGGAGUGAGAAGAAAUGUGACAUUCCAUUUGGUUCAUCCAGUUAACUCGGUAUCAGAAGAGGCUGAAAUAUUUGGUUCUGUCAACAAUAAACGUUCCAUUAGGGUACCUUUAAUACAUUGCAGUAAACUCAUGGAGGCAAUCAAGGCAUCAUAUAGCAGUGUAAGCAAUUAUGCUGCAGAUGGCAUCUUGUACCCAAACAAUCUGCUGAGGAAUGUUGGCCGUGCAAACAUAUUAACAGAGUUUCAUUUUGUGCUGGAUAUUGAUAUGCUUCCAAGUGUUGGGCUGCGAGAGAAUUUUCUAAACUUUGUGAAGGGUUCAUCGUCUCUAUGGCUGGAUGAAGAUAUGGUGCAACAGAUGGUGUUUGUAUUACCAGCGUUUGAGAUGGAUGACAGAGCAGUCUCUAAAGUGCCUGGUGAUAAGAAGGAACUGCUGAGUUACUUGGAGAAGGAUAGAGUGCGACAGUUUUAUGUGAAGGCUUGUCUCUAUUGCCAGAACCAUACAGACUAUAGACGAUGGACUAGUCUUCAGAGCUUUACGGGUCAGCUAGGAGUGGCAUAUACUGUGGAGUGGAAGCCCAUGUGGGAACCUUUCUACAUCAGCAGGAGUGAUGCACCCCUCUAUGAUGAGCGGUUCAGGCAGUAUGGCUACAAUCGCAUCAGUCAGGUAUGUGAGCUGUAUAUGGCAGGUUUCAACUUUGCAGUGCUCGAUAAGGCAUUUGUUGUUCACAAGGGCUUCAAAGAGACAACAGAAUUCCAUCAGCAGAAAGACGAGGAGAAUCGUAAUAAUUACUACCUCUUCCUUCAGUUUCAUACAGCGCUAGAAUAUCAAUAUCCAGAGACCAAAAGAAGGUGUAUCAAGUAAAACUCCCUUCAUGAUGUCAAUUGUCAAUCAAACAGUGAGUGAAUGUCAUAUAUUUUUAUCAGCCUCGUGUUGAGCUUCUGCGUAUGGUGCUGAUGACAUGUGUUUAGCUUUUGAUGGCUAUCACACAAAUCAGUCGAAAGUGCUGUAGGCAGCAAGAUAAAAACCACAAAACCAUAGUAGAGUGACUUUUCAUUCAUUUUCUAGUUGCAUAAUUGCACCCUUAUUCCCUAGCUUCUUUGCCAAAUUGACAUAGAAUGCAAAGAAAACAGCAAUUACUAAAUAAAUGAAGUUAUGCUUAAAACUUUUUAUUUUUCUACUUCAUAAGUGCAUAGAUGUACGCAAUCAGUUUUAUUUUAAAUUAAACAACUAUAAGUUUUUUUAAAUAUUUUUAUAUUUGUUACAAGGUGUGUAUUUAUCCAUUUUGAUUUGCCCAGUGUUGAAAAGUAGAAACUUUUAAGCAAAUUUAUUUUGAAUCAAUAGUUGUUUUCUUUGAUAUCUUGCUGUCUCUAAUACUGGGGAAUCAAUCAUUUUUUUAAUGUAACCACACAUUAUUUUACAUAGUACUUUGUUCUGGAAUGCUGUUGCAAAUCUGACAUACUUUGACUUUAAAACAUUGUGAUCUUGAAUUCAUUAUUUUGGUUAUGGUUAGCUUGUUAAUCUUAUCUAGUAUUUCUAUCUUGAAUUGCCAAAAGACU